UUAUUCUGUAAAUGUGAAUGUAAUUAGAAUGGUUUAGUCAAAUAUUUGUAAUUAAUGUUGAUUGAUCAUAGGCUUGAUCAUAGGCUAGAUUACCUACUACUGGGUUGUAUUUAUAUUGAUAGUGAUCAAUGAGAAAAGGCAACAGAUUAAACUCUUUCAUGGUAUCAGAGCAAAUUCUGAUCUGAGGAAAUUUUCUUUCACUUCUUCCGCUAUCUCUCUCCUUUUCUUUUUUUGGCAAUUACAUUGCCUCACACUGGCAGCAGCCCUUUGCUGGCCAUUCCCUUCUCCUUGUCUCCAAUCUGUUCAUCUCUUCUACUAUGGCGGACACAAAAUUCCAUCCCGCCCUUGGUGUUUCUAACAUCAAAAAUCAUAUUCAAAUCACUCUAGAAUUUGAAAAUGUGCAAUACUCUACAUGGGCAGAAUUAUUCAAGAUUUGUGCUCGCUCUCACAAGGUUCUUCACCACAUCAUUCCUUCGGAGAAGGAAAAGGCUCAUAGUGAACCCAAGAAUGAAACCGAAGAAGAGUUAUGGUCGACCCUUGACGCGACUGUUCUUGGUUGGAUUUAUUCAACUAUUUCCACCGAUUUACUUCAAACAAUCAUUGUUCCCGGAUCCACGGCAAUGGAGGCGUGGAAUCGAUUACGAGACCUCUUUGAAGACAAUAAGCACUCUCGUGCCGUGGCCCUUGAGCAAGAGUUCUCCCAUACCCUUAUGGAGGAUUUUCCUAAUGUUUCGACGUAUUGUCAACGCCUCAAAGAGCUUUCCGAUCAACUUAAAAAUGUUGAUGCACCGGUCUCCAACGAUCGCUUAGUCCUUCAAAUGGUCUCAGGCUUAACUGAAGCUUUUAAUGGGAUUGGAACUCUUCUCCGACAAAGUAAUCCCCUUCCUCCAUUUUACCAAGCUCGGUCUAUGCUCACUCUUGAAGAAGCAGGUUUGGCGAAAAAGGCUGCUACGGCUUCUAACUCGGCUUUGGUUGCACAACCUCCAGUGGAAGUUUCUGGAAAUCCUAUGCAUGGAAAUGGUGGCAGGAGAAAUUUAGGGGGACGUAAUGGAGGAAAAUCUCGCGGCAGUGACCGUGGGAAAAACAAAACCGGCGGUAGAGGAAACAACGGAGGCGGCAGCAACGCUGGUGAUCGUCGCCGGCUGCAGCAGUCACCGACGGCAGCCCCAUGGCUCUUCCCCAUGUACGGCAGAGGUGGUGGUGGAGUCAAUAGUUGGGGGUAUCCUUCACCUCCUUCAUGGCCUUGGCCACCUUGUCCAUACCCUUCAACAUGGGCCAGCCCCAACUACAACAACAGCAAUGGCAGGAAAGGAGAAGGAGUCUUGGGCCCAAGACCACAACAGGCCCAGCAGCAGGCCUUUUCAGCCACUUCUGAAUUUGCUUCAACGGACAUCGAAUCUGCCAUG